UAUAGGCUAACUUUUUUCUCUCUCUCCUAGUGGAUGGCUGUAUUCAUAGAGCAGCUGGACCCUGUUUGCUAGCUGAAUGUCGUAACCUGAACGGCUGUGAUACUGGACAUGCAAAAAUCACAUGUGGCUAUGACCUGCCUGCAAAAUAUGUCAUUCACACUGUAGGGCCAAUAGCCAGAGGCCAUAUUAAUAGUUCCCACAAGGAAGACCUUGCAAAUUGCUAUAAAUCAUCUCUGAAGCUGGUGAAAGAAAAUAACAUCCGAUCAGUUGCAUUUCCCUGCAUCUCAACAGGCAUUUAUGGUUUUCCAAAUGAGCCUGCUUCAGCCAUUGCCCUCAGCACCAUUAAAGAAUGGCUGGCCAAGAAUCACCACGAGGUGGAUCGGAUCAUCUUCUGUGUCUUCUUAGAAGUUGACUUCAAAAUCUACAAAAAGAAAAUGAGCGAGUUUUUCCCUGUAGAUGAUAAUAAUGAAGAAGAAGACACUGAAAUGAAAGAAGAUUCAGAUGAGAAUGGUCCCGAGGAAAAGCAAAGUGUGGAAGAAAUGGAAGGGCAGAGCCAAGAAGCAGAUGGAGUCAACACUGCCACUGUGCCCAGCCCUGCUUCAGAAGAGGCCGUUGAAGCCUGUAAAGAUGAAGAUUCUGCAAAGGAUGACAAUAUUACAAAAGACAAUGAAGUAACAGAUCAUUCUGUGUGUGACCAAGAUCAUUCCAAUGGACAAGAGAAUAAUUCAAUGAAGAAUGAAAUAAAAAUUGAGACAGAGUCCCAGAGCUCAUAUAUGGAUACAGAAGAACUUUCAUCAAACCAUGAAGAUGCCACAAUUGUGGAUCAACCGGAAGUGAUUCCACUAACAGAUGACCAAGAAGAAAAAGAAGAUGAAAAAGCUCAAGGCGAGGACACACCUAGAGUGCCUGGAAAAAGCGAAGGCUCCAGUGACAUAGAAAAUACUCCAGCUCCCGAUGUUGAAAUGAACAGUCAGGGUGACAGUGCAAACGACCCAACAGAGAGUCAGCAAGAAGAUCAACUAAUAGCAGGGGCACAAGAUGAAGUAAAGGAACAAAGAGAUGGAACUAAAUGACAAUCCUGGGCAUUGCAAGGCCUCUCCUGGCCCUGGGGGCGUUUGGGAAGAUAGCACCACUUCCUGUGGAGCAGGGUGGGGGUGGGGGGAAAGCAAGUCCCAUGGAAGGACAGGGAAUCCUUUGCUCUAAUUUCUCUAGCUGCAUUUUGUUCUGUUUACCUGCA